AUGGAUAGUCUUUGUGGAUCAGAAUGUCACCCAGCAUCAUUAACAUCUUAUGUCCUUGGAGCAUGGCAAAUCUGCACUUACACUUUAGACAAUACGGAUGCAAACAAAAGAGCCUCCCCACAUGCCGAGGACCAGCCUGCGGAACCUGAUGGCCCCCUUCCUGGCUCAGCUGGUGACCAAGAAAAGAAAGUAAGAUUUUCUCCAGCCAAAAUGUCAACCAAGAAUUCUACAGAUCUAGUUGAAUAUGUUGACAAGGGUCACCCCUUUCUGCCCGCCAUUCUGAAACCGCAGACCAGCCAUCUGGAAGACAGACUGCACAGCCAGGAGCGCACCAUAGCCUUCCUCCUCGAGCAAGCCUUCCGCAUCAAAGAGGACAUCUCCGCUUGCCUCCAGGGCGCCCAGGGCUUUCGAAAAGAAGAAUCGCUCGCCAGGAAGUUGCUAGAAAGCCAUAUCCAGACCAUCACCAGCAUCGUCAAGAAACUCAACCAAAAUAUUGAGGUCCUGGAAGACCAAAUAAAACUUCGAGAUCAGGCGGCCACAGGAACUAAUUUUGCAGUGCAAGAUCUGAACAUCAAACACCUCCAAGGCGUUGGAGACCUUCGGGGCAGAGUAGCAAGAUGUGAUUCAAGCAUUGUGAAGCUUUCUGGAGACAUUCAGUUCAUCAGGCACGAGUACCGGCAAAUUGAAAGGGCAGUCCAAGAACUGGUGUCUGCCCUGGAAACCGUGUCCAAGAACUUGGACAUGAAGGUAAUGCAGCUUGUAGGAAAGAUAGAUGCUUCUACUUCCGAGCAAACCUCAAAUUUAAAGAUGGUCCAGGGAGACUAUCAGCACGAAUUGAACCUGUUGGAAUUCAAAUUUAAUUCACUCUCUAGCAAUGUGUUUGAAGAGCUUGAGAACAAUCAGAAAUGGACAGAAAACGAGUUCGUCAAAUACAGAAAAGACCACCUAAGCCACAUCAGUGAUUGUCUGCGGAUGCUGCAGGAGAAGCUGGAAAAGUCUGAAAAUAAAAUGGAAGAGAAGAUGCAGCACCUGUCAAGCAGCCUAGAGAACUUUAUCAACUCAAAGAAACAGGAAACGGAAGUAAACAAACUGAAGUGUGUAGAAAAUAAAUUGUCCAAAAAGAUGAACCAGAUGGAAAAGCAGAUCUGGGACGAACUAGAGACAAUUCGGAAUGAAUAUCAAGCAGGAUUUAAAUCAAUUCAUGACUCUCUCAACUCCCUCCAACAAAUACAGAAAACAAAAAUGGAUUUAGAGAAAUACAAAAUACAGAAAGACCUAAGGAAACUGCAGCGUAAAAUAGUGGAACUCCAGGAAAUAUAAAGCUUUCCAGUCGUUUUCUUGGGAAAUGAUGCUGACAACUUUAAAUGUUUCUCUAUGCCUUGUCACCUUCAAGGAAAUUAAAGUACCAGAAAAAAAAUCA